AUGCCGAAGCUCAAUAUUGAAGAAGGCUUGUGCAGCAGCUGUGGCGCAUCCAGCAGCACCCCUAAAGAAACCCAGUUUUGCACUGGUUCUGGGAUUGUUUGCCUCAUGCAAAAGGCAAUCGCAGAGGUGAUAGGGACGUAUUUUUUGAUAUUUAGUGGGUGUGGGUCAGUUGCUGUGAACAAGAUAUACGGGUCGGUAACAUUUCCAGGGGUAUGUGUGACGUGGGGUUUAACUGUGAUGGUGAUGGUCUACUCCGUUGGUCAUAUCUCCGGCGCCCAUUUUAACCCGGCCGUCACCAUCACUUUCGCCAUCUUCCGCCACUUCCCCGUCAAAGAGGUGCCUGUAUAUGUAGUGGCGCAGAUGCUAGGAUCGGUGAUGGCAAGUGGGUCGUUAUGCCUUAUAUUCGAAAUAGAAUCCACGGAUUACUUUGGAACGGUGCCGGCAGGAUCCAACCUGCAAUCGCUUGUGAUUGAGAUCAUCAUUUCCUUUCUGCUGAUGUUUGUCAUUUCAGGCGUUGCCACCGAUAAUAGAGCUAUUGGUGAACUGGCUGGAAUUGCUAUUGGAAUGACAAUACUACUAAAUUGCUUUGUGGCCGGGCCUGUUUCAGGGGCAUCGAUGAACCCAGCGAGGAGCAUUGGGCCUGCCCUCAUCAUGCACGUAUAUACAGGACUCUGGGUUUACAUAGUUGGCCCAAUCACUGGAACCAUUGCAGGUGGCUUUGCCUACAACUUGAUCAGAUUCACAGAUAAACCCCUCUGGGAGGCUGCCAAGGUUUCCUUCUUAAAGCGCUCCAGCACCAGCACCACCGCUGCAACCAUUUCCAACUAG